GGAUGGACACCUGCCCGCUACGAACCAGGAGCAGCGGCAGUCUCAGAUGUCAGCGUCGGAAUGGACAAAAGUGGGUCGCAAACAGCAACUCGACCCGAAAAGCCGUGCCAGCAAACUCCGCCCCCCUGGAUCAUCAGCGGUGCUCUUGACGCUAAAGCCGGGAGUUGAGGAAAGCGGUACAACUUAUGCGAAGGUAAUCACCUUUGCAAAGGAGAAAAUCAAUGCGGCGGAUAUCGGAGCUCACGGAGUCAGACUUCGAAAGGCUGCAACAGGAGGCCGCCUAUUUGAAUUCCCUGGAGCCUCCAGUGCUGAUAAAGCGGACUUGCUAGCUAACAAGCUUAGGGAGGUCUUAGGUGAUGAGUUUGUCACGGUCUCCAGACCUAUAAAAUCUGUAGAUCUGCGAGUUACUGGCUUGGAUGACUCCGUAACUAGUGCUGAGGUGAUUGCUGCAGUUGCGUCAGUGGGAGGAUGUCCAGCUGAUCAAGUACGGGCUGGCGUUGUGGUAAGCGGUUACGAUGGACUGGGUGCAGUUUUAGUGCACUGUCCCGUAGCUGCCGCUAAAAAGAUUGUAGCAGGAGGAAGGCUUCUUGUGGGCUGGGUGUCCGCUCAAGUCAAACUGUUGGAUGCCCGACCCCUCAUGUGCUACAGAUGUCUUGCUCCGGGCCAUGUAGGUGUUCAGUGCAAAGAAGGCAUUGACCGCAGUGGGUUGUGCUACCGCUGUGGCCAACCUGGUCAUAAGUCUCGUGGGUGUUCCGCUGCGCCAUACUGCGUAGUAUGUGCAGCUGCGGGUAAGUCAGCCGAACAUCGCGUGGGAGGCAGAAUUUGUCUUUCCACAUCGAAUAAGAAGAAGAGGGGAGGCAAUAUAGAUCUGAGAAGCAAACAGUCUUCGUCUUUACCGCAGCAAACUGUAGGGCCAGAGGAGGUUCCAAUGACUGAAGAUUAGUUAUGGAUCUGAACCUCCUCCAGGCAAACAUCAAUCACUGCG